AUGGCGUCAAUUUACUGCUGCAAAGAGUGCGGAACCAAUCUAAAUCUUCACUCCACCUACCUCUACCCGCCGGAUUUCUACUUCGAGGCCGGCAACAAAGGCACCCUCUCGUUUUCCGCAAUCGAUUCCUCCAAAUUCAAGUUUGAUAAAGAAGACAAAAUUCGGCCCUUUUUUGAGACUGUUAAUUACUGGGGAAUCCAAAGGAAACGUACCAAAAUCAAGUGCAAUAGCUGCGGAAAGCUCGUCGGGUAUAUUUACGAUGAUGGGGCGCCGAUGACGGAUAGUCCGGGUCAGUUCCAUAUGGGCCCGAGUCAGGUUGUGCCUAGAAACCCUAGUGCUUGUAUUAACACACAACAUAUGCAAGAAAAAUCUUUUGCAAAUCUUCCACAUACCAGAUCUUUGAUUAGAAGCAAUUGA